AUGACUCUGACGAGAGGGUCGUUCACCUACAGAACUGGGGAGGAGUACCAUGGGGACUGGAAAGAAGGCAAGACAUCUAUUAACCUUCUUUCUCAAGUUUACUUCAUUUUACAUCUUCAUAUAGUAGGCACAUAUAGGGUGAUCAAUAUGUAUGCAUCAUGCUUUAUACUGGUAUGUAGGCCUUCAUUUAUGUAUGAUUCUCUAAUCAUUGUUGUCUUAAAAAUAUUCCUCCAAACCCUUUACACUGAAGUACAGAGGUUGUUUAAUUCAUGGAAUCAAUAAUCUGAAUGUAAUAUCCUCUUACGUAGCAUCAGCCAGAUAUUUCCAUCCACAGAGCUGUCGGAUAUAACAUCCUUACAUCCUCAUUACCAUCUCUAGGCAGUCCCAUAUGUCUCUGACUCCAUGUGUGUCUUAACUAACAGUAUCCUGUGUCGGUCUUCCUAUGUGUCCUAACAGUCUCCUGGGGCACUGUCUUUCUAGGACAAAGGACAAGUUUGCCUUUUUUAACCAAAUCUCAACUUCUGAUGUAAUUGGCAUGUUAUAGAAGUGUCCAGACACUUUUUUUGCGAUUUCACUUGGUUUUGAGAAACUUACCCCACCAGCUUCCUCAGGCUCGUUCUGCAGUGAUAAAACAUGAACUAAGGCUCCAAAAGCACCCAAAUACGUCCUUUUAGAAAUGGCAACUCUCUCAGUAUGGUGAUGCAGGUCUUUAGAUGUUGUACACACAAAAUAGUUUCAUUACGAACUUUAUCUGCAACGUUAUAUUCCAUUUUGUUGGACUCGAUUGAUACGUUACCGUAUGCGAGCAUGCACAUUUUUUUCUACCAGCACAAUGGGAAUGAGAUAGUAUGUGCAUGCCCGCACAUAGUAAAGUAUCGCUAGAGUCCAACAAAAUGGAAUAUAGCGUUGCGGAUAAAGUUCUAUCGAAGGUGGGGAAGUUCCUCAAAAGUAAGUGAAAUAGCAAAAAAAGUGUCUGGACACUUCUAUAACAUUCCAUUUACAUAAAAAAAGUGAACUUGUCCUUUAACUAAGAGCCCUGUGUGUAUCAGUCUUCCUUUGUGUCUUAACUGAGAGUCCCCUGUGGAACUCUUCCUAUGUGCCUUAACUAAAAUAGUCCCCUGUGUAUCUGUCUUCAUAUGUGUCUUAACUCAACUGUCCCUAGUCCCUAUGUUAGUUCUGUCAGUAAUUAGGGAUAAUCUGAGCAGAAUGAAUACCACUGAGAGGGUGUGGGUUGGGGGAAUACUGUGAACUCAACAACCCUUUUUCUUCCUCUUGUCUUUAGUUUUUCUGUAAGGCACAGGAUUAGGUUUGUAAAGAUAUAAACAUACGUGACAAAUGCAGAGAAUAGUCUCCCCCAUUUCCAAAAGUGUUUGAUCUUAUUCCUCCGACUCCACGCACACACACACACGCACACACGCACGCACGCACGCACGCACACACACACACACACACACACACACACACACACACACACACACACACACACAGUCUUGUACACACACAGUAAUACCAUUGAUUGACAUUCUUAGUCUAUUAAGCCAAAUCCUAACUAGCUUUCAACCCAUGACCCACCACAUCGAGGCCGACCUCCCGAAGCUCUGUCAAAUCUCCUGGAUUAGGCCUGGGGCCGUAUUAGGAAACUCACUGGAAAGAUCAGAGUCAACCCCUGUUGAGAAAACAGAGGUCAAUCAGCAGCACAGCCAAACACAUCUGCCAGGAGUAACUAUAAUAUUCACAAGAUAAUAUUUGAAAACUUGAGAUCGAUAAAUCAUACUUUUUGUUUAAAAGGUCAGCUCCCUCAAACAACACAGCCAUGUGAUAUACAAUGUCCACAGUUUUGAUGAGCAUAUAAUUACAAUCCAAGAUAAAAUAAUGCCAAGAGAGCAGGUUUGCAGUUUCUAUAUCAUAACAUGCACUGUUAGAUGUGGAAUAAAUACCCUCAGUCUGCUUGGAUCUGACCUGUAGAUGAUAAGCUAAGUACACAUUCUUAGGGUCAUAUGGAGAGAACAGCCACAUUCAUUCUGUAUUGGAUCAUACAGGCGGCAGACACAUUAAUUCCUUGAAUUCUUUAGUGUGUGUGCGUGUAUGCACGCGUGCCUGUGUGUGUGUGAGGUAGUAACAGCAGCCAGAUUCUGAGGUAGGAAUCCCUGUUGGAAACCAGCUGGAUUAGACAAGCUUUAAGGAGGCUGUAGGCAGAUGGGAUCCUAAUAUCCUAAACCUAUAGUUGGCAGAGGGAAGGAAGAUUCCUAAAUCCCAGUUCAAAAUAGUGUAUAUACUGGACUUAUGUGCCAAGGAGCAAAUACUUUUGUCUACGGUGUAGCAUGUGCUUAGAUUAUUCACCAAUCAAGUAGCCUAUUACAAGAGCAUUGGGCCAUGCAAUAUGUUUAAUAUUGGGCCAUGCGUUAUGUUUAAUGUUGGGCCAUGCGUUAUGUUUAAUAUUGGGCCAUGCGUUAUGUUUAAUAUUGGGCCAUGCGUUAUGUUUAAUAUUGGGCCAUGCAUUAUGUUUAAUGUUGGGCCAUGCAUUAUGUUUAAUGUUGGGCAAUGCAUUAUGUUUAAUAUUGGGCCAUGCAUUAUGUUUAAUGUGGGACAUGCAUUAUGUUUAAUGUUGGUCCAUGCAUUAUUUUUAAUAAUGGGCCAUGCAUUAUGUUUAAUGUUGGGCCAUGCAUUAUGUUUAAUGUUGGGCCAUGCAUUAUGUUUAAUAAUGGGCCAUUCAUUAUGUUUAAUAUUGGGCCAUUCAUUAUGUUUAAUAUUGGGCCAUGCAUUAUGUUUAAUAAUGGGCCAUGCAUUAUGUUUAAUAUUGGGCCAUGCAUGAUGUUUAAUAUUGGGCCAUGCAUUAUGUUUAUUAUUAGGCCAUGCGUUAUGUUUUAUAUUUUUUGAUGAUAAGGAAGGAAAGGAAAGAAGAAAUGCUGCAUUUCUAAAGUAAUCUAGCAGAUCAUAUUGUUGUAUUUUCUGUCUCUGUCUAUAAUAACCUAAAGGAUGUCUCGCUCUGUUGUGCCCUGUGCCCCCCUCAGGUCGGAGACAUGGAAUGGGCCAGCUAAAGUUCUCAGAUGGAACCUGCUACACAGGACAGUUUGAGAACGGACUGUUCCAUGGCUCGGGGGUGCUCCUCUUCCCAGAGGGAUCCAGGUGUUUGAAUUUAUUUUAUUUUGUGUGUGUGUAUAUACUGUAUGUGUGUGUGCGCAUGUACAUGUAUGUGUGUGUCCAUCUUCUUUAUUUAAUAUCUUAUUCUUCAUCGCUAGGUAUGAAGGUGAGUUUUCCCAGGGGAAGUUCCAGGGAGCCGGGGUCUUCAGUCGCUUUGAUGGGAUGAAGUUUGAAGGAGAGUUCAAGAGUGGUUGUGUGGAGGGAUAUGGUACGUUCAUCAAACCACAAGUCUCUAAUAGGAGUAACAGUUGCAAAACAAAUACAAUUUAUCUUGUGUCCUCCAUCUUGUGUCUGUGUCUGUGUGUGUCCAGGGUUACUGACGUUUCCAAAUGGGAACCAUGGUGUGCCACGUAACGAGGGCCUGUUUGAGAACCAUAAGCUACAGAAGAGGGAGAACUGCCCAGGGGUGGUUCAGCGGGCACAAGGAGCCGCCUCCACCGCCCGCAGUCUUGCUCUAUGA